AUGGAGGCCUACAUAGGUCUCCGUCCUACAAAAGAAGCCUUUGCUCACUUCUUCGGCCUCCGGAUCAACUCUGUCCAAGGCAAGGACAUUCCCAAUCCCAAACCUCCGGUCCAGUGCGGAUCCUGCAUCAUCAGCGCGCGCCAGGGGAGUCCCUUUUUCAAAUUUUCUGGUCUGGAGUCAUGCCGGGCAUGGCAAGAGACCUUCUUUUACGUGAAGAACAAGGGCGCCGCGGAUUUCAUCAAUCUGCCGGCUUACAUUCCGGGGACCCCGUCGAAGGCCAACUGGAAGUUCAAUCCGGGGACCAACCACAUCGAAACCAACCGGAUUGUUCGAUUCCUGGAGAAGCUCAAGAAUGACACGGCCAUCUGUUCCGACGACAUCAUCCGCGCGUUCAUCUCACGCCGGGUGCUCCCUCUCCAGCGUCGGUCUCACAAGAUGAGCCAGAUGUGCGGCCGCCGCGAUCCGACCAAGAUCACCAGCUGCGCCCUAAGCAAAGAGGAUGUAGUCCUCAAGGCUAGGUCUGCGAGCGCUUUCCUCGCAUUGCUGCGGAAGCACUACAAGGCCCUCCCCGCAAGCGCCCCUUGGACGAAGUGGAUCCGGAUCCCUACAUCUCCCCUCAGCCAGCGCCAACCCACGAGGUUGUGGAGCACGCUGCGCCCCUGCGAGCGAGAGGUUGGCCAGGAGUUCCUGGACAAACUCUCCACCGGGCCGAGAAGAAAAAAAGCGCCGGCACCCGAAGCCGGUUCGAGCGAUGCUCCUCCCGCCAAGCGCUCCCGGAAGGAAGUGGUUGCCGGGAAACAAGUCACCGCCAAGCGCUACCGGAAACGGGAAAUGCCGAUUGCUUCCGGCCCCGCGCUCAAGAUCUCCAAGAGCGCCAGUGGCAUGAGGCCGGAAGGUUCUGAGGACGCCGCCAGGGCCUCACCUCCCCCUCAACCAAGUCCGAAGAAGAAGAAGACAAUCGCUUCCUCCCUCUCCAAGCCCGUGUCGGAUCCUUCCGCGCCGGCAGGCUCUUCCCCGGCAAAGGACGCACCGGACGCUCCUGCGCCAACCAACGACGCACCAACGCCUCCACCGGCUGCCCCUACCGGCAAGCUUACACCUCCGGAGGGCGCCAAGUCCUCCGCGCAAGAUCCUGGCGCGGUUGUCACCGCUGCCGGCUCUCCCUCCUCCGACUCGCAGUCCCUUGUACUGCAUGCCGGCCGGGCCGCCCUUGUGGCCGGAGAAAUGGCUUCAGCUCAGCUGGGCCGGAUCACCGAGCUCACCCACGGAGGAGCCGAUCUGGGCCACCUCGCUGAUUACGCUGAGAAGUGGAAUCAGGCGGAUCUGUCCCCAGCGACGCGCGGCCUGGGGAAGGACAAGCUGCCGGUGGUUGACCCUGCCGGCCCCCGGAGCACAGGGCAGCACUUUGGCCGGCUGCGGCGCGCGGUCAAAGAAUUUGACACCGCGUGGCACGACGCCAACAACAACGUGAUGCUGAAAAGGAGCAGCUUGCCGUUGAGCACCGCAAGGCCACUGGACGCUCGGGAGAAAAUCUCUGCUGAGCUGAAGGAUAGCCUUAUGCAGGCUGAACUCCGGCACGCGCAGGAACUCAAGGAGGCGCAUGCCGCUGCUGAGGCCAAGCUGAAUGAGUCUCUGAACGAGUUCACCCAUUCCAGCGCGGUGCUGCGAGCGGAGCUAGAAGAGGAGAGCCGAGCGCGGAAGGAGGCGCAAGACCGGAUCGCCACCCUUACCAUAGAUCAGGGUGAAUACGACCGGUUGGUCGUUCAAGCCGAUACACUGGCCCUCCAGCUCUUCCCGGAUUCCCAGCCCUUUGCACUAAAGCAGGUAAUGGAGCGCAGGAUUGAGCAAUCUCUCAGCAACCCGGAUGCGCCCCGGGAUCCUUAUGAUCAUCUCGUGGCGCUGGCUGCCUGGAUCUCGCAUAUGAGAGCUGUGGACCGGCAUCUGGUCAUCCCCUCCUCGACCUGCAUCUCCUCCUCGGAGCUCCAAGGACGGCAGAGCCAGUACAAGGACGCGAGCUUCUUCCUGUCCAACAUCAGCCCGGCCGUCUCCUUCGUCUACGCCGGCCAGCACCUCCUCCGCCUCCCUCUCUCGACACCAAGCAAACCUCGGAUGGUUAGACCUCCACCACCUCCUCCGCUGGGACCAACCCUGUUGCAUAUGACUCAGCUGUUGGGUCAGAUGCAGCAAACCCAGCACAGCUUUGAUCAAGCUCGUCAAGGCUAUGGCCGAGUGAUGAUCCGGGACUUCCUGCAGCUGAACCCGCGAUCGUUCGACUCUACUCCUGAACCGCUGGAUGCAGAUGAUUGGGUGCGCGAUGUCAACCGCAUGCUCAACACAGCAGGAGUCGCCCCAGAAGACAAGGUGCGGUUUGCGACUCACCUACUGACAGGAGGGUCCGCCGCAUGGUGGGAGAACUUUCUCGAGAUGCGUCCUGCCAAUGCGCCUGAUGUCACAUGGGAAGAGUUCAGGGAAGCUUUCAGAAGUCACCACAUUCCUGAAGGGCUCAUGGACAGGAUGAAGGAGAAAUUCCUCAGUCUCGUUCAAGGCAACAAAGAUGUGAUGGCGUACAGCAUCGAGUUCUCCAAGCUAGCUCGCUAUGGUGGUGAAGAAGUGUCUACUGAUGCCAAGAAGCAGAAGAGGUUCCGUAAUGGCCUCAAGCCGGCACUCAAGUACGCGCUCACUCAUGUCACGGUGGAAACCUUCGACAAGCUUGUCAACACUGCCAUCAAGGAAGAGUCGGGUAGGCUUGCGUUCGAGGAUUCGCGCAAGCAUACUCGAGAGGUUGGUGCUCCUUCAGCAUCAACGCCGCCUCAGAAGCGCAGGUUGUGGGUUCCUUAUCCCGCACCACCAAGACAAGCUGCACAAGCUGGAUAUGCUCCCCGCGCCGCAAAUGCUGGGUAUGCUCCCCGCCCACCCACCCCACAGCUACAGCAGAGGACCUACCAACCUCCGCCAAGGCCUGCAUAUGGUGGACCAAGGCCGAUGGGUCCACGUGCCGACCCCACGUGCUACAAGUGUGGCCAGGCAGGGCACAUCUCCACCUUCUGCCCUCAGAAGCUGCCUCCGCCACCACCUCGCUCUACUCCGGCACAAGCGAUGGUUCGUGCACCAGCUCCGGGCCGUGCCUUCAACAACAACAACAGGCAAGGUCCGAGGGCUGCUCGCGUCAACAACCUCAACAUCGAGCAGGCUGAACAAGCUACCGAUGUCGUGCUUGGUACUUUGCUUGUUAACUCUAUCCCUGCAAAAGUUCUGUUUGAUACGGGAGCUUCACUUUCCUUUGUGUCGCUUCCGUUCUCUCAAAAGCACGAGUUACCGGUUGAGUACUUGUCCAAAUCUUUCACGGUUGUUUCUCCCGGAGGAAUGUUGGAAGCGCUAAGAAUAAGUCAUGGCAACCAAAUUCAAAUUGGAAACCAUAUGUUCCUUGCGUCCCUCAUCGAGCAAAGAUCUUCUGGUAUCGAUGUCAUCCUUGGCAUGGAUUGGUUGAAGGCCAACAAAGUUGUCAUUGAUUGCGCCAAGCAUUCAGUUUCUCUUCCUACUCCGACAGGAACCUUGACCUAUACACCUUCUCAGACACCUUCCGUUCAGCUCUUUGCUUUGAAUCCUAGUUCUCUUCCGGAGCUUGAGUCUAUACCGGUGGUUUGCGACUUUCCUGAUGUUUUUCCUGAAGAACUUCCAGGUAUGCCACCUGACAGGGCUGUUGAGUUCGUCAUUGAACUAGAGCCUGGAACAGCUCCUAUCUCAAAGCGGCCAUACAAAAUGGGUCCAAAUGAGUUGGUUGAACUCAAGAAGCAGCUUGACGAGUUGCAAAAACUCGGUUUCAUUCAGCCAAGCACUUCUCCAUGGGGAUGUCCUACCAUCUUCGUCAAGAAAAAGGAUAAAACUGAUCGAUUGGUGGUUGACUACCGCCCUCUCAAUGAGAAAACGAUCAAGAAUACAUAUCCUCUUCCUCGCAUCAAUGAGCUCUUUGAUCAGCUUGCGGGUGCAACUGUGUUCUCUAAGAUGGAUUUGAGAAGCGGUUAUCACCAAAUCAAAAUCCGCAAAGAGGAUGUACCCAAGACAGCCUUCAAAACUCGUUACGGUCUCUAUGAAUACACCGUCAUGUCCUUUGGCCUCACUAAUGCUCCUGCCACUUUCUCUCGUUUGAUGAACUACAUUUUCAUGGAGUACCUCGACAAGUUUGUGGUAGUCUAUCUCGAUGAUAUCCUUGUCUACUCCAAGUCCAAUGAGGAGCAUGAAGAGCAUCUUCGCCUCAUCCUCAUGAAACUUCGUGAACAUCGUCUUUAUGCCAAGUUCUCUAAAUGUGAAUUCUGGCUUCCUCAAGUUGUCUAUCUUGGCCAUGUCAUUUCCGGAAAAGGCAUUGCUGUCAAUCCUGAAACCGUCAAGGCGAUCGUUGAAUGGCUUCCUCCGAAGAAUGUCAAGCAAGUGAGAAGUUUCCUCGGUUUGGCAAGUUACUGCCGCCGCUUCGUUGAGAAUUUCUCCAAGAUCGCCAAGCCUCUUACCGAUCUCCUGAAGAAAGACAAGAAGUUCCUUUGGUCUCCUCAAUGUCAAGAAAGCUUUGACCUCCUCAAGCAGAAGCUCACUUCAACACCUGUCCUUGUUCUACCAGAUACUUCUAAACCUUUCCAGAUAUUCUGUGAUGCCUCUCUUCAUGGACUAGGUGUUGUCCUCAUGCAAGAACGUCAAGUUGUGGCGUAUGCUUCUCGUCAGUUGAAAAAGCAUGAACUCAACUAUCCCACACAUGAUCUUGAGCUUGCAGCUGUGUUACAUGCUUUAAUAACAUGGCGCCAAUACUUGUUGGGCAACAAAUGUGAGAUCUUCACUGACCACAAGAGUCUCAAAUACAUCUUCACCCAACCUAACUUGAACCUCCGUCAAACGAGAUGGAUGGAAACCAUCAAGGACUUUGAUCUGUCUAUCAACUACACUCCAGGCAAAGCUAAUGUCAUGGCUGACGCCCUUAGUCGCAAGUCCUAUUGCAACAACCUCAUGAUUCAAGAAAGUCAACCUGCUCUUUAUGAAGAAUUCAGGAAAUUGAAUCUUGAGCUCGUUCCCCAAGGCUACCUUGCAAACUUGGUGAUCACGCAGACUCUUGAAGAUAAGAUCCGAAAAGGACAGUUGCGAGAUAUUUGCAGCAAGAACAUCAAAGAGAAUAUGCACAAGCCCAAGUACAAGUCCUUCUCUAUCGACGAUCAAGGAACUCUGUUCUUCCAAGGUCGUUUUGUUGUUCCGAACGAUCCAGACCUGAGAAACCUUAUUCUCAAAGAAGCUCACGACACUCCUCUUUCUAUACAUCCUGGAAGCACAAAGAUGUAUCUCGAUAUCAAGUCUACCUAUUGGUGGACUAGGAUGAAAAGAGAUGUUGCUCGCUAUGUUUCAGAAUGUGAUGUCUAUCGCCGUGUCAAAGCAGAACAUCAAAGACCUGCCGGUGUCCUCCAACCCUUGAAGAUUCCUGAAUGGAAAUGGGAUAAGAUUGAGAUGGACUUUGUAACUGGUUUUCCAAAAUCUCGAAAAGGCAAUGAUGCUAUCUUCGUGGUGAUCGACCGUCUUUCCAAGGUUGCUCACUUCCUUCCUGUCAAAGAGACAAUAUCUGCUAGUCAGUUGGCUGAGCUCUACACCGCAAAGAUCGUCUCUCUUCAUGGUGUUCCCUUGGAAAUAAGCUCUGAUCGCGGAAGUAUCUUCACUUCCAGAUUUUGGGCUAGCUUUCAGAAAGCUAUGGGAACUAAUCUGCUCUUCAGCACCGCUUACCAUCCGCAAACGAGUGGGCAAGUCGAAAGAGUCAAUCAGAUUCUCGAGGACAUGCUCCGUGCUUGUGUUAUCUCCUUCGGCAUGAAAUGGGAAGAAUGCCUUCCAUUCGCUGAGUUCUCUUACAACAACAGCUAUCAAGCCAGUUUGGGCAUGGCACCUUUCGAAGCUCUCUAUGGUCGCAAAUGCAGAACACCUCUAAACUGGUCUGAAACCGGUGAAAGGCAAAUCUUUGGCCCCGAUGUCAUCAACGAGGCUGAAGAAAAGGUGCGAAUCAUUCGUGACAAUCUGAAGAUAGCACAAUCUCGGCAUAAAAGCUAUUAUGACAGCAAGCACCGUGAUAUGAUCUAUCAGCCUGGAGAUCAAGCUUACCUCCGUGUUACUCCAAUGAGGGGCACUCAUCGCUUUGGUAUCAAAGGCAAGCUGGCGCCAAGAUACAUUGGUCCCUUCAAAGUUCUAGCAAAGCGUGGUGAAGUCGCUUACCUCCUUGAACUCCCUGAGAAGCUCUCAAAAGUACACGAUGUCUUCCACGUGUCACAGCUCAAGAAGUGCUUCAAAGAUCCGGACCGUACAGUUGAUCACGAGUCCAUUGACCUCCAAGAAGACCUCUCCUACAAAGAGCAUCCCGUUCGGAUUCUUGAUGAAGCUGAACGUCGAACUCGCAACAACUCUGUCAAGUUCCUCAAGGUGCAGUGGUCGCACCAUUCCGAUAAAGAAGCAACUUGGGAGCGGGAAGAUCAACUCCGUUCCGAGUACCCGUCCUUCUUCUCUUCUUCCUGAGAAUCUCGGGGCGCGAUUCCUUCAAGGGGGGGCGUUUGUAACAUCCCAAGAGUAAUACAU